UGGAACAGUUGCCGCGCGUACUCUCCCACGUUCGCGUCGUUGUACCUGGCCGCAGGGUGUUCGAACGUGCAACCGUAAUCUGUCCGACACGAGUGCCGCUAUUCAUUUUUAUCUGCCAUUGGAUUUUACCGUCGUCGCAUCUGGUGCAGACAGUUAUUGUCGCCAGGGGAUUGCCAGCGUCUACGGCGGCAGCGGCGCCAAAUGAUGUAGCACAAGGCCGAGCAACCCGAUGAAUCUCGAGUCUCCGCGGGGGCUAGCGGACCAGAGAGAAAAUCCGGCGAGGCUGUAACCGUGGAGGGGGCUUUAAACCGCCGCCGCCCCUGAAAAUCAGCGCGAAAGGACCGGCGUUUGGUAAAUAAAUUAAUUACGGGGCGCCAUUAGAGCCGGCGGAUGGUCGGAUAGCGGAAGUCGCUUAACCGUGCGCGAAGAAGAAGCUGCCGGAAUAAAUUGCCGGGCUGCGGGAAAUCGACCACCGAACAGAAAAUAAAUGAUUCAAGACCGAAAUCGUUUGGCAAAUAAAUUACUGGCGCCCUUUGAGGCAGGGAACAGGCGUGAUUUAACGCAGCGAACGAUUCAGCUGCGUGCGCGCUGCACCGGCGAAGUAAAUUCCCGGGGGGUUGUGUUGGUGAUAAACCGCCCCUUAAUAAAACAGUUCCGGGAGAAGCGCAACGUUCGACGAAUGAAUCGAUUCUAUCGAGAACAAAAGGGUAGUGGGGCAACGAAAGUGAUUUAAUUUCGCGCGGAGAACAGUGCAAUAAAUCGUGGUGCCGCGGGAAACCACCCCCGUAGGAAAUGAAUGCAAAGGGACCGCCAGAACCUUCGGCGAACGAGUCAAUGAAACGGUUGUAUCGUGGACAGAGGGUGGUUGGCCGGUGAAAGUGAUACAAUUUCUGAAUUGUUCGAACACUUUUGAAAAACAACCCCUAACUGGCGCAAAUUCCAAAAGGGUUGUAGAGCUGAUUGAUUCGAUCCAUCGGCCGAGUAGAACAGUGGAAGUGGCUCGGGGGUUGUGAAAUCGACGGAAUAAUAUGCAAAGGGGUUGGCGCGGGGUGACGGCGAGCCGGCUGAAUUAGAAUUUCAAAGACUCGAACGAUCAUCGUCACGCGAGGAACUUCUCCCCGUUUCUCGCGCCGCGAGAUGCCGAGCAAAAGGCGCGCCGGUCUCGCGAUGACUGUCUGAGGGGUUGCAAGCAGGAAGAAAAUACGAUCGCGUAACGCCGGCACUCGAUUGUUUCGACUUGGGGGCACGACCGAAGCCUGAUAAAGGAGCGAAGUAUGUGGACAAACGACGACGGGGGUGCCGGAACGGACGACGUGUUCGAGUCCUGGCAGAAACCGUUAUUGAUUCGAGGGUGGUGGGGGUUGGCGGCGAAGAUGUAGAGGCGGGAAAGUCUGAGAGGCCGGGAAAUGGACAAUUAAAGGCAAGAUGGAUGCGGCUAAUGCCAUUGGCAAUAACACUCGAGACUUUUGCAGCGUCCGGUACAAAGAUUUCAUCCCUCCCGAGGGUGAGCUGUGGUGCGAACAGGUCUGGGACUCGCUGCUCUGCUGGCCGCCGACUAAAGCCUCGACAACGAUCAAACAGAGAUGCCCCUUCGAGGACGGAUUCGAUACCAGCAAAUCCGUGGAGAAGAAGUGCGGUUACAACGGUCGCUGGGAGGGCCAGAAUGGGACCAGCGCCGAGGACUCGCCGCACGGAUGGGCGAACUACACGACCUGCCUGACACCGGAAAUGCUGCGGCUACAUGGGAAAGUUUACACGAACACCAUCGAGGGCAACAUGAAGAUGGACAUCGCAGAGAAGACACGUACCUUGGAGUUCGUCGGGCUGAGCGUCUCUUUGGUGGCCUUGCUCGCCUCCCUUGCCAUCUUCUGUCGGUUUAGAUCCCUGCGGAACACUAGGACCAGGAUACACAAGAAUCUCUUUGUCGCCAUGGUCGUUCAAGUUCUCAUUAGAUUAACCGUGUACAUAGACAUCGAAAUACUGAGGCGGAAGACUUAUGGCAUCCAGAGAGGAAUCGGGAACACUCCUGUCCUGUGCGAGGCCAGUUACGCUCUUCUCGAGUACGCUAAAACCGCGAUGUUCAUGUGGAUGUUCAUAGAAGGCUUGUUUCUCCACAACAUGGUCACCGUGACGGUGUUCCAAGAGACCUCGUACUACCGGAUGUACCGGUUCGUCGGUUGGGGAUGUCCAGUCGUGAUGACCCUCGUAUGGGCAGUCAUCACGGCGUUCUAUUAUCAUCCAAGGUCAAAGUUUUCCAGAUGUUGGUCCGGAUACAAUUUGUCUUCCUACUUUUGGAUCCUCGAGGGACCCAGGUUCGCGGUGAUAUUGCUCAAUUUUCUGUUCCUGCUGAACAUCCUGAGGGUGCUAGUCUUGAAGCUGAGACAGAGUCACACCAGCGAGAUCGAGCAAGUACUGAAAGCCGUGAGGGCGGCAGUGGUGCUACUACCCCUACUGGGCCUCACGAACGCGCUGUUCAUGUUCGAGGCCCCGUUGCACAACGUGAAGAAAUUCGCGCUGUGGUCUUACUCCACUCAUUUCCUGCAGUCGUUUCAGGGCCUCUUCAUCGCGACGCUCUACUGCUUCCUAAACGGAGAGGUGAGACUGGCCCUGGACAAAACCAUUUCGGUUUACCUUUCGUUGAGAGGCACUGACCUGCAAGCAAGGAGACAGUCAACUUUCAGUGGUUGUCAACCCCAACGGAUUGCAUCAGAACAGCAGUCUGACGUAGCAUCACCACGCCACCGCAACCCCCCAAGGACACCUGGCCCGAGGACUCCGCUGGGAGAAAGGGGAUUACCUGGAAGACUCCAGCUCGAGGACCCGACGACCAAGUCCACUGUCUGAGGCCGGACCAUCUGCUGAGACGGCCGCCGUUAGACUGAGACUGCGCGAACCAGCACGGACCCUAGACCCAGCUGAAGAUUAGGGUCCACGAACGCGACGGUCUCCUACGAAAAUCGAAGUCGUCGCUCGACGAGACGGAACUUGGAUCCGCCGGAUCCUUCUCGGGCAAUUAACGCGAAGUCUGAUCGCGUUGUCUGAUCGAUUUUUUUUAAAUUAACGAACUAAGCCUACGAUUUUGUAUAAUUGUAGACGAAUUCAUCGAAGCCUGAACCUUCGAACGGGAAUUGGCAGAACGGUGUCGUGCAGUCAGACAAUAUUGCGUAUUAAUUCGUUCUCAUUUACACGGUUCAAAGAAUUUUUUUUUAUCAUCGUUCAAUUGCGAUUUCUCUGGGUAAUUAAUUGCACGAGGCCCGAAGAGCGUUCGUUGCCGUUUGACGUGGUUUGAAACGGUUUGGAACACCGCGCGGACAGAAUCUUUGGAAAUUCGCGGGACGGACCGGUUUGUUCUGAUCCUUUGACUGUUGUUCUAGAACGAUUAUGCGAGAGAACGAGGAGGCCCAAGGACGAAACGCUUGGGAAGCUGUUGUCCAAGGUCAGCCGUCGAGAGCCCAACAGGUUCGUGGCGGUCAGCGACCGCCCGUCGAGUCAAUUAGUCGUAGAAUAAAAUGUUUCGUCCAGUCCGAUCGAACUAUGGACGAUUCGUUGACAAAAGGUUCAAGCUGGUUCGAAGUGGUUUCAAGUGGUUUCAAGUCGUUUGAUGCGUCUGUUAACGAGAAUCCCUCGAGAGUGAAACCGACCAUCGGUGAUCGGAAUAGUCUGUAAAAUUGGCGGCGGUCAGACAAGCCUCGGUUGGCCAUCGUUUGUGAAAGCAUCGUUCACGUUUUUACAAUGAAAAUUUUCCAGUGUUCUCGACCGCUCGACUCUGCGAACGAUCGAUCGUCGCACGUCGAGACGAACGGUGAAGGGAACCACGAAAACUCGUCUUUGACUCCGCGAGGUUUACUUUUUUUAAGCGCGAACCCGUUUAUAAAGUAAUCUAUGGAUGUGUGCAAUUGCUGUUUAUAUGCUUCCACGAAUCUCUCUGUAACCAGUGCUUGCGAGGCUAAUUCUAAGACAUGCAAAUUUAAAAAAUACCGAUGUUUAAUAUGGAAAGCCGGAGGCAGCCGCCGUUAAACGAACAAGAAUUUCGAUAUACGCGAACUGACGCCUAUUCUCCGGGUAGAAUUUUUCAUUGAAAUUUUUCUAUGCCAGCGCGCGACCGCCUCGAGAGAGAGAGGGGGGAGGGGAACCGCUGCUCGCGAUUCUGGAACACGAAUCUCCACUUUGCAACGAAAGUUUCGAAGAGGUCUGAAAAACAAGAGGGCAUCUGCAAACUUUCCUCCGGAAAGAAAAGAAAGAACGAUCCCCCGGCCGAAAGUUCUUCUGUGCGAACCGGCUCUGCCGAAGAUCAAAACAUUCCGCCACGAAAAUUCAACCCCUUCGCCGAGGAAAAAAUGGGCGGCAUUCGUCGGAGAGAGGAUAAAAGUAGCUCUUUUCAAUUAUAAAACAAAUUCCGCAGUAAGCUGAACAGCUUAGGCAGAGAAGAUUUCACUUUUAGCAGUGCUUCAACGAGGAAAGGGAUGUAAACAGUUUUGAAUAUAAUUUUAUUGAAUGCA